CGAACGUCUAGGGGCGCUGUAAGCGCUUAUGAAGAAGUUAUAAAGUCAUGAAACGUGAAAAUGCGAGCAAAUUUAGCGGCGCUAAAUGAUAAAAUCACUGAUGCAUAAUGAUUCCAUUCGUGAGUAUGCAAACCAAAGGAUAAUUCCGACACGGGAUUUAGUGAGACGUAUGAAUGCGAUCCCCGAAUAUGUAAUUUACGUCUCUUGAAUCCUGAAUGUGACAGGUAUUCAGGAGAGUAACAAUGACGAACUUUAAUAUCAUGAAAUCCAUAUUGGUCAAUGGCAGUGAAGAAGUUUCAAAAAUUAACCUGGAUAAUUGCACCGAGAAAGGUGAUAAAUUUCGGCCAAGAAUUCCAGAUGUAACAUCUGCUCUUGCUGCAUCUUUAACUACCCUAUUGUGUCGUAGGAUCUCUCCGGCCGCACACCAGCGCUAUUUAGUCAGAACAAAUCUCAUUGAACAGUUACGCGACUGGUUACGAAUUAAUAGCCGCUAUGAACAGAUGCACUCAUUUACAGAUGGUGAAAGGACUACAAAGUUUGCCAUAAAUUUGGUGGAGAAGUACCUGACGGAAGAUUUUAUUGCUAAACAAGCGUCUGUUGGUGUUUUAGUUAAGAUAGGAUUUGUCUUGAUUGAUAUGAAAUUAAAUAUUCCAAUAUUUGAUUUCAAAUUGGACAGUAUUAUAAAUAGAAUUUUGUAUUUGGAUGAAACAGAUGAUAGCAACAGAUUUUUAAACACUUUGACUGAAAAAUAUGACAGUCUAUCACUUGCCCUGAGCACAAUCGAAAAUAUAUACAUUUGCAGAUCAACCAAGCUAAUCGAAAUACCAAUUGUAGAUCUAUUUAUGUUAUUCAAUGCUAAUCACUCAGAGGGUAGUCUUGAUUCAGAUAUCAUUGAGAAGCAUAUGAAUCCUUCCAUCAAACAUUGUUCAGAUGAUGUAAAUUGCAAUCAAUUACUCAAAUAUAGCUCCAAAUCGCCACGCAUAUUUCAACUACUAUCCAGCGUAAUGAAAGAAAUGUUCGCAUACACGAAUUGUAGUGAAAUGUGUGUUAAUUUCAUACAAUACGUACUUAAUCACAUAAGUAAACUUUGUGAUGAGAAAAAACAAAAAAUCUUAGAUCUUUAUCCAAGAAACUUACAGUGUGCUGUUAUUCUUGUAAGAAUAGAGCCUAAUUUACACACAAACAAUUCCAAGGAGUAUGUCAUUCAAAUGCUAAAACGCAUUUAUAGUUUAAAUAAAGAGGAACUUUUAAUAUUGCUCAGCCACUUCCCUGUAUGGCUCAAAGAAGUCUCAAAUUUGGUACCUUAUAGCGAUAAUCCUCUGUCCAGGUGACAUCACUUUUCUAACUAACCAGUAUCACACAGUGCAUAGGCCGAUGUGCGGUCAGUUAAACAUCGCUGCCAAAUCAAUGGAAUUAAAUAUCUUCGAUGAUAACUGUACACUACCACAAAUAUAAGAUAUGUAAAUGCUGCAGUGCUAAAAUAAGAAUAGGUAUCUGAAACUUUAACAAAUUGAAAAUCUGCUUAUGGAUAGUAUGAUAUAUAAAUAGAACUAGUUCGCAUAAUUUGUAGUAACUGUUCUUAUAGUUACUUUACCACAUUUUAUAUUCAAAGCCUGAACUUUUUAAAAAUAUCACUUGUUAUAGUUAGGUUACGUCGAAUAUUUGAAUAAGGAUUAUUCCUCAUUAUAAAGUUGAAGCCUGUAAUCGACCGCCAAUACGAAUUGUUAGAAAUUUAGUAAACUAAUUCUCAAAUUUUGUAAUUUUUUUGAUCCGCGUUUCGGUAUGUUGACAUAACGAAAUUGAACCUGGUAUCUUUUUUACGCCUGUCCAUAAAGUAAUGUCCAAAAACAGAUUACAUACAGUCAACAAUUCGAAUUGUGAGUGGUUUCAGGAAGAAUAUACAGAUUAAAAUUUGUAAGAUUACUUUACUGAGGAAUAUAGUGUGAAAACGUCUGAUGUUUGGCGUACUUACUUACCGUAAACCCAUCUCAUGUAUUACAAUCAAAUAAAUUAAAAAGUUAAAGGUAUAUACAUAUAUACCUUUAUAUUUUUACUUACAUUAGUAAAAAGUCAUGUUUGUCCGUACUGAUGUGCAUAAAUUUUACAUCAAAUUAUAUUUAAAAAUGACACACAUUGUUGUUCCGUCAAAUACCAAUGGUACUGAUACCAUUUGUUAAAGGGAAGAAUUAAACACAUAGUAUAACCAUACAUUAAUAAGUACGCAAAGAAUGUCAUACGUAUGGAUGUGAAUUAUUGAUCUGUAAAUACUGAGAGGACCAUUGUACUCAAAAUUUGACAGCUUUGUGAUUAUGCAAUUUAAAUGAAAUGGUAUAUGAUGUAAAAUUGAACAUAAGUAACAUAGUGGUUUAAUUGGAAUAGACUUGCUGAUUGUACGUCCAGUACAUGUGGAAAUUGAGCAUGUUCAAUGACUGUAAAUGUUAUGCACAUACGAACGACUAAGAUUUCUGACAUAAUUAUUUUCUAAGUUAUCAUAUGGCAUUAUGUAUGAAGUGUCCAAAUAUGAAAUCAAAUGACGUAGAACAUGACAAUUAGCAUGUAAGUUUCCUCGACAAUAUAUCGUCACUCUGUAACUUUCGUUCAAUUUUGAAUUGCAUAAUGUGAUAAGAUCAAUUUUCUGUAACUGCAAAGAUGUGGUAAAAUUUAUGAAAUCAUCUAAGUAGCACUAAUGUGAACUCAAAUUAAGUUAUGUAAAUGAUUUUCCAAUCGUAAUUGAUCAUUAAUUAUGCAGUUGAGGCAUAACAUAUCAUUAUAAACUAAGUAAUAUUUUUUUUCUGCAUACUUGGUCUGAAUGUAGAUAAAUUGGUAUUGAAGCUGAGUCAUGACAAUAAAAUACCUUGUUAUCGUGAGAUUUAUUAAAAAUUGAAUGAAGUGUGUUCCGAAUAUUUCUAACAAUAUAGGCAUCCGCGAUAUGAUAGGUGCAGGUCUUGGUAUUCUCUACCCUGACUCUCAUAGGCAUUAAUGAAUGGCUUAUUACGAAUGUUGCCAUGAUUAUGGAUAGACGAUGAUACAAUACAUAUUACGACACUAGAGAAAUCAAAUGGUUCGUUUUAUUUUUUUUUUUAGGUAUAUUUCAAAGUGAGACAUCCAUUACAUGGCAGUGACGAGCUAUUUUUUUCUACAAAGACCAUCAUUCAUUUUUCUGUUUUCCGAAGUAGUUGUUUCUCAUUACAAACUGACAUGUUACUUUUUAUGCCUUUGGUGUUAAUCAACUACUGUCAUUCACAAAUACACCGAUUUUAAUACAAUAUAACGCCAUAAACGAAUAUAUUUUCCAUAGAGUUUCAUAAAGAUGUGAAUAUUCAACAAUUAUGUGACAGGCCAGAGCUGUGAAAUGUGCACAGAAUAUGUGUCUUAGAACAUCUAUCGUCUAUACCAACCAAUAUCAUUCAACUUCAUAGAUUUAUAUUUAUUUGUCUCUGUUUAGCAUUUAUAUUAUUUACACUACGUCGUUCACUUUGGAAAUCGGUACAUUGUGCUUUUAUCGCAUUUCAUUUUAUUCCAGAAUGAAACGUUUGUUCGCUUCUUAAAGCCCGUUGUGCUGAACUUCUUUUACUUUAAAAUACCCACCUACCUGUCGUCAGUUUCGAUUAGGAUUUCAAUAGGCAUAUAUUAUAUAAUUAUUUGACUAGCAAAUUCUUGCUUAAUGGCAACUUUACCUUCAAUCAAUUUUUUUCUUUUCUAACUACAUCAACACUUGAAAUAUGUUAUUUAUAUCUCCUCGUCAUCUAAUUUUUGGCAAGCUAUAUGACCAAGGAACUUGGACUAAUUAUUCAUUGGUGUUACUUUGACUGCAUUUACUACCAUAGUAUGUGUAAAUGUUAUUUAGACACGCUUGCGCAAUAUGGCUGGUAAUAGCCAUACUUCUGCACUUGUCGAACUUGAAUUGCACAUUUCAAUAAUGCGUCUGAUUACAUCAAACUAAUAAAUGUCAAUUAAUUUAUUUAAAUAGCGUUAUCGGUAAUAGGGAAUAACAAAAUAGAUUUGAUUUACCAUUAAACUUAUUACGGUAAAUAAUUUUAGCGGAAAUUGAUAGGAUUUAUAAUUUAUAAAUCACAAGAACGGUUUCAGCCUCAAACGACACACAGAAAUUUUCCCAUACGUUUAAUACCGAAAAGUAUGUAACCAAUAGAUGCGUCAUAUACUAAGACCGAGCUAUUAGAAACAUGAAACUAAAACCAAAUGUUAGUAAAAUUUGAUAUCUCACUAUCACAAGGGUAUCUUGUAUAAAGUGUAGGACACACAAGCUAUACCAAUUUUGAUUCCUCAAUAUUGAAAUAAAAUUAUACAUCCAAGUGUAAUAUAAUGAUUAAAUAUCUGUGCUUGUUAUUUUCGUUCGGAGACGAGUAUCAAUUAUUCAACACCCAAUACAAAUAGAUUCUUUUUUUUUCAAAUAUACUCCUACACCCAAACUAUACGCACGUAAUUAUAAAAGAUUAUGUGUAAUCUAUCAUUUUUAUCUAUCUUCUAUUGUGUUGUAAACAUUUACUUCAUUCGUAUUUACCAUACAUUUUUGUAGUACUGAUAUUUUUCCAUGGUGCCACAUUAAUUUGCUACAUAACAUACAGCAUCAUCAACUUAUCAAUUUUUCAAUUUGUUAUGAAUUGAAAAUAAUUAGCUUCAAUGUUCAAAUUCGAUGAUCGAGUUAGUUUAUUUGCUCUAUUUCAUUCACAGCUUGUAAGAUGUUGAGUUUGAAUCGGUUAGAGAAAUUCUUCAUCCUGAUCAUAUACGCCAUUGAAGUACUCAAUUCAGUCCUCUUUUUUUUUGUUGUGCGUUUAUUUGAGCAAAACAUAUUCUACAUGUCGAUGCAAAAUGUUAUAUUGCAAUAUCAUUUUGAAUAUUGAAUGAUUCAAUAUUUGAAUAUUUGUCUGUCCAUACAAGUAAAAUAUGUUUUAUUUCCCUGCACAUAUUUUUGCAAUAUUGGAAUUUUUAUUCAGUUGCUUUAAAUAAGGUAUAAAUAAUUCAACAGGGAGAUGAGUUGGUCUACUGAAUUCUUAUAGCGUAUCAUAUAUCAAUCAUGAUUCCAGGUUGAUAUAAUUUUUUGGAACAUUAAUUUUAAUAUGUUAAAAUGAAUGGGUUAUCAACUCGUAAUGUUACUUCUUUUGGAAAAAAAAAGAUUUCAGAAAUACUUUUACACUUGAUAUGGAUAACACGAAGAAAAAUUAUACUACGUAUAUUUGAAAGUUCAACGUAUACAUUACCAGGAUUCGAUUAAAAGAACCAAUUGCCCAGACAGUACAAAACGAAACUCAGCAAAAUCAUGACUAAAUGACACUUUACGAUCCGUUUUAUGUAUGACGUCUAAAAGUUUAAAAAAAUAAUUGGAUGAAGCCCAAAUUGCUAUGCAUGGAAAUAAGAAAUAAUUUUUUCUCUCGCCAUUGGAGUUACGGAGUUAGUAUUUUAUAAAUAUAAUCCAUAUAGAAUAAGAUAUGAGAAGAGUAAACAAAUUAAUCUUGACUUCGGAUUGUUGGCUGAGAAUUGGUGGAAUGGCUUGUAUAUUCUAAUGAAUAAAGUUAGGAAGUUUUGCAUGUUUCACAAAAGCACAACGUAUUUUGAAAAUUGUUUGAAAUGCAAUGUUGAACAUGUGCUUUGUUUUAUUGAUGCAACCGUCUAGCGUUUGAUAUUAAUUACACUGGAAAAUUCAGAAUCUAAAACAAGUUAUACAACAUAUUUUAUAGGAUUUCAUACAAAUAAUUAGUGUUGUGAUAAUGAGAAUGCAAGUAGAAAACGAAUUACGUAGACAUAUAUUUUAAUAAUCAAUUACACAUAAUUUAUAUGCAAAUAAAAUCAGUGAAAAUAUAUAAAAUAAACAUCUUUAUUGAACCAUGCUAGCUACAGAACUGAACAUGCAUCUGUGUCCUGCUAUUGAGAAACUAAACAAGAUACUGCUUUUUGCCAUAUACCUUUUCCAUAAUACGGCAUUUAAUAGUUGUUAUUCGAUUGGUCCUCAGAUAAAUUGAGGAAUUACAAUAUGUACCUGGAUUUUGAAGUUAAUCAGUAAUAUCUCCAUGCAAUAUUGCCAAUGUCAUAUCUGUAGUGAAUGCUACAAGUGGCUGAUUGAUCAUGAUGAUUGGUUGCAGACAUAGGAAAGGGGUUUGUAAAAGAUGAUGUCUCUUUACUUAUAAAUUUAUGAUCCUACCAAUUUCGGCUUUUGUUUGUCACAAAGCAAAGAAACUUUACAGUCUAACUUGAAUAUCAUUAAUUUCGCCUCGUAAGAAUAUAAAUAAUAGCUUGACUAUCAUAAAGCUGGAUUUGUUUUUUGUUUCUUUUUUCUUUUUAACAAGCUGCAUUGUCAGCAGAAACAUUCAAACUCUUCAUGUAACCAUUAUCGCUGUUAAACAAAGCCAUAAUUAUAACACUAAAUAAUUAAUAAACCAUAUUCAUUGUAUUUCAAUCUUACUUACUGCCCGUGAAUUCCGUAAAGAAAUCUACCUUGACGAAAUAAAUUUGUUGGAAAAUUUUCUGGUCAUGCAGAUUAUUGUGAAUUUCUUAAUCAAAAAAAUAAUCUGCAGAAUAAUGUAAGAUUACAUUAUCACAUUGAAGAGACUAAUUAUUUUUCACGGAGAACUAAAAUUGACUCAGUCUCUCGAAACAAUAUAUCAUUGACAUCAAAGUUGUACAUCAUCAUUUGUUUGUUUUUAUACCAGGCUUAAAUUCAUCAAAGCAUGGCAGUUGAAAAUCUAUAAAUUAUCAAUAAGAUGAGACUAUUGAAUGGAUAUGGAAGGAAACAAAAAGAGCAGGGUUCAUGUGGUUGUGAAUUAAUAAUUUCUGCGCUACCUCCGUCAACAACUCGACUACUUUGUCAUUUUCAUGAGCAUCAGUGUUUAAAGGUCAAUUUUUACGCUCUAGUGCUUACAAAAACUAACCAAUAUUCGCGUACUUGAAAGGAAUAGUACUUUUUACUUCAACUAUCCCCGUCAAGUUUGGUAUAUAGGAAUUUUUAUUCGAUCCAUUUUUGUGAACUUCCAUCUCAUUAUCAGAAAAGCUAGUUGUAUUCUCAUGGAAGAUUGAGGGAUAAACUGAUGAUCGUGAAAGCAAGUCAAGUAUAGAUGUUGACUCACGGUUAAUGGAUGUGACAAAAGUGGUAUGAAGUGCCAAUGAAUUUCCAAUGCUUUAGGGCCUCACAGUGACAUUUCACUUUUGCUUUUUGUUUUUUAAUUCAACUGCAACCUGGUGAACAAAUAAGCAUUACAUAAAUACGAAUGAUUAUUAAUGAGACAGUGUGGGAAAUUAAAAUCUUAGAGAUACAAUUAUAACAUCAAAUAUGCAUGCACUGGUUACGAGUUCGUUCAUUUAUUGAUCUUUAUUUUACUUCAAAAGUUACAUAUUGAUGAUUUGAUAAGAAAAAAGCAAUAGCAUCUAAGGACUUUUCUGUAGUAAUAAAAUUUUCAAUUCAAGAAUUUACACUUAUAAUAUAUUUUGGUCGCAUCGUGUACACAUAAUACAUUCAAAUAUCAUAUAUAUUGGUUUCUUUUUUUCAUAUUAGAAAUUCAAUCUACACGUGGUUACGCAUUAAAUCAAUCAAAAUGAGAGUUAAAUUGCAUAAAAUAAGGAAUAAUUUCAGUUAGAUUUUAAAUAAGAAAUGCAUGAAAUGUAUUUAAAUUUUAAGUUCCAUUUAAUUCACCCUCUGUCUCAACGAGCUUUUGGACCAUGAUAGUUGAGUCUG